CAGCAUACAAGGUAUCGAGGUCCACACAAGUAUAUGAUGUAGAAAGAGCCACAGCAACUUCUAAUUGUUCUUCUUCAUAUAAGAUUCAAGGUUGUCUACAACGAGUCCACCAAAACGCCAUAAUCCCCUUUGAUACGAUGGUCCUCCCCGCACCUGGCCUCGAGAAUGAAAUCUCGAACUCAGUCGAUAAACUGCAGAAGUUAAACACCUAUACCUUGCCUCAUGGCAAGUAUGCAUUCGCCGCUAAACACACAUUUCAUGGGAAGAAUAAAAAGCAAAUAGGUCAUCUUUCAGGAUGUGGAUACCGUAUAAACGUCCGAAGUGGCGUUAUUGCUGGGCAUAAUGUUACCUGUCUCUGGAAAACUUGGGAUGUUUCCAAAUCGUGGAGAGAGUUCUUUCGAGAGUUAUACUUCUACUCCCACCCCGAGCUUUUGAGAUUCCUUCAAGGAAUCGUCGUUUCACACGUAAUUGGUGUACAUGAUGGAUCUAAUGGACAAAAGAGUAUUUUCAUGGAAACACCUCAUCACAUAUUCUGGCAUACAGCACAUCUAGGCUUAUCCAUCGGCGAAAAACAGGCGGUUAUUCGAGCUUACGAAACCUUGCAUGCACGCGGUAUCCUGCACAAUAACAUCAGCGCCCAUAACAUAUGCAUAGAUCAAGAUAUGAACGUUACGCUGCUAAACUUUGAAACGGCCUGCUGCUUGAAAGACAAGGGAAUAGACGAAGUCCCCGGGUGUGAUCAGGAGGCACUAGUGCGGGAAAUGCGACAAGUCAAAUACUUGAUUUCCUACAUGGAUGCGAGACUUAUUGAAACCGGAAUCAUCACAACUCCACAAGCCUCUACCGGUGAACAGCAAACCCAAGCGCUACACCCCGACGAUUUUGUUCGCUGGCUUAAACAUGUUGAAAACACCCAUACCAUCCCGAUCGAGAUGCGCAAUCGGCCAAUUCCAAAUGACGGACGUAGAAAACCCAAGAAAAGGGUCAAAGCUGGAGCAACCGGUCAGUGGGAAUCAGGGGGUCCCGUGCAAGAUGCUGGUAAUUCUGGAAUCUAUAGUGAACCGGUCGUACCUCACAUUCCUCUGCCAACUCCUCGAUCGUCAUCCUUCGCAAUCAUUGCUACGCCCUCGCCACCAUCAGACCCUCCUGCAGCCACACAUGAUCUCUUUCCUCAGCUCCCACUGCCGAAUGCUUGCACUGCACUACCUUCUGCUUGUCCUGAAGGGGACACCUCUCGUACGCAGGACAAGGAUACCAAUGCGCAGCUUCCGCCGUUCCGAUCUGAUCUUGAAGGCUCUCAAACUGUAUCAAGAGGCCUGCAUGAUAUCCCUAUUCACUCGUCAUCAGUUUCUCCCUUUACUCCUCUCCCUUUACUACUCCCAAGUACACCCAUUUCGGACACCUCGGAGCGAAUUCUACAAACACCCCUAUCUUACCCACCAUCGUCUGCCCAUCCUCAAAAUCGCACCUUCGUUCCAUAUCCUGACCAGCCGCCUUCACCUAAGGUGUUUUGCGACCUUACGCACGAGCAACUCCGCCUCGCAAUAAAGCAGCACAAUGCGGAUGUAGACGCCAGAUUAUUAUCACACGCUGCAAUUGACACAGACAAAAACAACGUCGUAUUCCACCCCGACACAAAUGACAAUGGUACAUACGCUACAGGAAGCGAUCCUUUUCGCAAGCGGAAGAAGAUACGUCGACCUACCCCCUUCUUUCUGGAAGGCUCUAGUUCCACUGAGGAGACUGUCCCUGAUCCGGAAAACACUAGCUUCACUGAAGACGAGGAAGAUGAAAAUCCUGAGCCUGAGGUCGAAGUCGAUUUCGAAGAACUCGUCGAGGAAGCUCACCUCGCCAAAGUCAGAGGGCGCCGACGCAUGUCACGUUCUGCUACGAUACCUGCCAUGGUUCUCGCCAAACCCGUGUGGCCUGAUCCAGAGCCAAAACCUCCCGCCGUUGCCCAACGAAGUACCAGUAUGCCAUCGUCGUCAGCAUUGCCCUCGAUCGGCGAGGAAGAGAGUUCUGGCGAUACUUCAGGAGUUCCUCCUUACACUGUGGUUUUUGUCGGAGCUAACGGGAGUCCGGAUGAGGUUUGGAAACUCCCUGUACCUGCGUUCAUGUUGAUCAAGUCAUCGGUGGCGAGGCAGCCACAGGCUCAGAAACUCCGAGUAGAGCAGGUCCCUCGGCUGCGAGGACCCCCUCUAACGAAUUCUCUCUCUCUGCGAACACUAAAUCAGGACACACAAAGUCGAUCCUCCAAGAAGCGGGAUAUCGACUGCGUGGAAGGGAUUGAAUAUUUAGAACAGACGAAGCGCGUACGCCAUGACCAGUCAACGUUUAGCUCAUGCAUGAUAUGUUAGAUUAUACUCAACUUUCGAGUCGGACCACUUAGUUAUCCUUUCGAACAAUAUUGUUGGCGAUGUAGUACUUUGCAAUAAAAUGUACAAUCACGGAUAAAGAAUUGUAAUUCAAGUUUCACAUCUC